AUUCAUGUUCUUUUCUGAACAAAGGUUAUACUUAAUAUUCACAACACAUGUGUGCGGACAACAAUGUACGAAACCGACACGAUUUACUAAAUUAAUUAACGAGAAAUUAUGAUUAGAUCAUUAUGAAAGGUAUAAUACUAGUCGGUAUCUAUCUGAUUAUCAGCACAAAUGUUGCCUUGUGUCAAGUUAUACCCGGCCUGUCACCAUCAAAACCAAACCGAAUGUUACAGGCAUGUAUGACCAGAACGGGACCAGUUGCUAGCAGUGAACCAGCUUACAACAAUCAACCAGCUAACUCUAUAAAUCAGUGGUGCCAAAUCUACCAGACCACUCUGCCAUGUGUAACAAAGUAUUUACCAUCUGCUAGUGCUUCCAAUCCCAACGACUGGUACCUAAGUCUAGUAUAUGACCAAGAAUACGCAAACAAAACCAGUAAUGGUGUUUGUUCUAGACUUAAAAAAUAUGGAAACAGAAUGGGAUGCCUGACAACAGACAUGAAUCAUGCAGAAAUGUGUGUCAGCUUGCUCACAUCACCAAUAGCAUCGCACAUACACAAGACGUUCCAGCUUAACUCUACAUCCAAUGUUGGAGAUGAAAAUUCACUCCGAGCUUGCUUAAUUCCAGUAACAGCUUCCAGAUGUUUUGAACCGUUUUUUAAAACGUGUCGAAGAGGAAUACGAAAACUUCUUUCAAAAUAUUUUAUGAUACUGAGUGGUAAAUGUCUACACAUUGCUAGAAAAUACCAAAAUGUUACAACCCCUAAACCGAACCAAAAAGGUGAAGCCACAUCUGCGAAACCAUCGGAAGAGGAGGAAGAUACAGAAGACACUUCACAUAAGACUUCAGGAAAAGACAGAACAGAAACAUCAGUUAAUUUACAACAACACAACACAAGAUUGCCAGCAACUGCUCAGUCUGACGACAAUGAUAAUACCAAGUUACGAUCCAAACAUAUACAUAGACAAACUCCGGAUUCAAUAUCUGAUAAAAUACUAUCAACUUCAACAAUAAAUCUAAAACAUAUAAAGUCUAUGUCGACAAGAAACAAGGCUGUACCACAAAUAAGACCUCCUUUCGAAAACGUAGUUAAAAUGAGAAUAAUAGAAAGAGUUAUUCAUUCAGAUGUCGAAACUGAACCAAAUCAAAAUUCAAAUCGUUUUAAUGUCGUUCCAGUUCAACAUGCAAUUCACGUACAUGAACCUUUUGUUGUAACUAAGCACAGAUUUGAAGGGCAUGGACAGACGACAAAACCUCCAAAGGAAAUAGUUAAUAAACAUCCUUCUACGGACGAAAAUACUGAUGUGUCAGAAGUCGACGAAGAUGAGCCUUCUACUAAUUCUAAUAAUCAGUUGGAAGAUAAUAAAACGUUCCAGGAAAUUGUUCAUACAACACAACGAACAUUAACACCUGACAUAGGAGAUGACAGUUCCUCUCAACAGAAACCUGGCAAGCAGUUGGAAACGACCACUGUUACAUUAGAAAAAGUGACUGAAGACAUUUACAUAGAAGAUAGUAAAAUUUUAUCGGCAAUGAAACCACUGUCCGAGAAAGAAAUAGAUCGUCCAGAUGAAGCAAAAGAAGUACAGAGUAUUCUGACAACUUUUGAUAACUUUACUGAAAGCAGCAGUUCAAGUGAAGAUGAUAGUGUGAUCGAUGAACCUGAAAGAAGUGAUAGUGAAGAUGACAGUGAGAUAAGUGAAAAUGACAGUGUAAUCAGUGAAAAUGACAGUGCGAUCAGUGAAUCUGAAAGAAGGACUAAAUUUCAGUCUAUUGUUUCUUCUACUCUCAAGAUGGAUUCAUCAAAUCAAGUAAAGAUAAGAACUACUACAGAGACAUUUAAAUCUCAAAAGGGUUCACAGAAAGGCGGAUCAGGAGGACCAACACUUGGAUAUAGUUUUAUUGUUUUAGUUACACUGACGAUUAUAUCUGUUUCAAUCAAAACACUGUAACUUGAUUGUUUUUCUUUUUGUAUUUUUUUUUAAACAAAUUGUUCUUUGUAAUUACAUGUUUACCGCCUCGUCA